GCGGGCCAUCCCGUGAUGCCGCGGGCUGCGAGAGGCGGAGCUCGGCGCUCGGAGCCCCGCCCGGUCAUCCCAGCAGCGCGGGGUGUCCCGGCGCGCACCGCGUUCCUCCGAACGGACGGCGGCGGCGCGAGGAUGGAGAGCGGGGAGCAGCUGCGUCACGCGGUCUCCCAGUGCGUGCCCCACCUCAACCUGUCGGCCAAGGAGCUGGCCAGUCACCCCAAGUUUUCCCGGCUGCUGCUGUCAUUGACUGACCGCCUCGACCGGACUGGGCUCAGCCUGUCACUCAAGAGGGACCUGGAGAGGGCCAGUGGGGAUCUCAGGGCGCGCAGACGGCGGUGGCUGGCAGCAGAAGCGCUGGAGAGGACCGUGGAGGAGCUGGUGGCCGAACGACAUGCAGCUCACGCUGAGAAGGCUCCGAAUCGGGAGGACCAGAAGUUCCUGGAGACUCUGGAACAGUGUUGGGUACUGGGGCGAUGCCGGAGGGGGCUGGACAUGAGGGCGGAGCUGACUGAGGACCCCCAACCCCCACUGCUUGGCCUGGGAAAGGAUCACUUGAACGAGCUGCAGCCCGGGACCAAGGAGGUUCUGGCGAUGAGGCGACGCUUGGUGACCGAAGUGGAACAGCGACUGGUGCGGCAGUGUGUCGAACUUCUCACCUAUGUCUGGCCACAGUAUGACAGAGAGAGCCCAGGCGUGGUGCUGGCGCAUGGAGGGGAGCUGGUGGAGUGGAUCCAGGCAGAGGAACUCCGAGUCGACGGCCUGAUGCAGCAGGAGCGGCUCAACCAGGCAGCCAUCAGCAGGCAGAUGGUGGCAUGUCUCAUGGUGCUGAUCCGUUGCUACGAGCUCCUUCGGACCCUAACGGAGACCCACCGACUGGACUCCCAGCCGUUACUUGACCAGUCCCUCCUGGAGUACCUCAAGUUGAAGAGACAGAUGAUGUUCAGCAAGCUGCGGUUACUGAGACUCGAGGUCAAUCACGAGAUGUUCAACAAAGAUGUCGUGGGAGCUCACCGGACUAUCAGGGAACUGCUACAGGAGGCACUAUCGGUACAGGAGGCUCGGCUCGGCCCCAUGAUGGGGCAACUGGACCUGUUCCGCCAGCUGGGCCCCGAGUUCGAGGACCUGGUCCAGGAAUACAACCGGCUGCUGGGGCAUCUUGAACACAAGCGGUGGGCCCUGACCAAUUUCAGCGAGACCCUGGGGAAUGGGGGCAGUGGCUAGGGCAGGGAGCAAUUUUAAAAAAAAAGCAUCUGUCUGACUGCACCUCACCCCGUCUCCAUUCUGUGUGCUGGCCAAGGGAGGUGUGACACUUCCACUGAUACAUUUCCUCUUCCCCACUGCGUCCCCCCAUCUACAAUUACGUUCCAGUCUAUAUCUGUUAUCUAUAUAACCCCAACCCACCCUCCCCUCCCAAA